CAGUGAGUGUGGGAGAAGAUUUGGCCAAAGGGGACAUCUGUAGAGACACAUGAUGUCUUACACAGGAGACAAACGAUUGACCUGCAGUGUUUGUAACAAAAGACUUGCCUGGCGUACAACGUUCAAAAGUCAUAGAUGUGUUGGUCGUCAGUUGUCGAAGCUUCAUCAGAGAGAAAACUUCCUUUCAAACAAGAAACUGAAGUGUCUGAUGAUGAUUGGAAGGAGACCAGAGAACCUCAGUCAGAUUUAAACUCUCUGAACAAUACUGAAGUCCCAAUAAAUCGUACGACUGAUACCGCUGGGGAAAAACUGUUAAGGGGCUCUGAGUGUUGGAAAAGACUUGGCUGCAAGACACUUGCGUCUUGCACGGUCAAAAAGAAGAUUCUGUUCAGCUGCAGCGUUUGUGACCAAAGUUUCACCUGGUACAAACAGCUCAGGGACCAUCAGUGUGUCGGUGGUCAGAGUCAAACUGAGGAGAACAGAGAGACAGAGUCUCCAGCCAGCAGAGAAACUCAACACAUGGAAACAGAAGCUGAUGGAGAGGACUGUGGAGGACCAGAACCAGCCAGGAACUCACAUCCACUUUUACAACCAGAGACUGAAGACCAGACUGGAGACUGUUCUGAACCUGAGACUGAUGACAGUGCUGAUUGGAAAGAGACCAGAGAACCUCAGUCAGCUUUAAACUCUCUGAAACAUGAUUCAAGAUGUAAGAAAACAUUCAGCUGCUCUGAGUGUGGGAGAAGAUUUGGCUUCAAGACACAUCUGAAGAGACACAUGAGAACUCACACAGGAGAAAAACCUUUCAGCUGCUCAGUCUGUAAGAAAUCUUUUAGGCAGACUAGCCAUUUAAAAUAUCACAUGAAACAACACACAGGAGAGGAACCGUCUACUUCCUGUGUUAGUGACAUCAGAAAGCAGCAGGAGUGGAGCUCCAGCGUGGACCAGGAGCAGCCAGAGACUCUCAGCCAGGUUGGAACUCUCUGAACGCCGUUUUCUUUUAUAACUCACACAGGACUGAAAACUUUAAGCUGCUCUGAGUGCGGAGGAAGAUUUGG